GCGCUACUUAUUUGCGUGCCUUCUUCGUUCCAAUCCCUCAACAACAUCAUCAUUGACCAAGAUCCAAGCAAAGAUCCAACAAACACUGCAUGACGAUUGCUGUCGACCCAAUGACCUGAGCUCUUGCCGUCAGCCUUUCACCGCCUCACAAGUGUAGAAGUGCAAAGCAAAAGAAAAGAAAAUUUUCUAGUUCAAGUAGCAGUGCAGUGCUGUUCUUGACUUUUUGUGGAUGGAGCAUGGAACAGUAGUAGCACAGGCUGCACAGCACGAGUAUUGAAUCACCUGAAUGGAGGAGGAGGAGAAGCAGUAGGAAGUCAAGAAAAGGCAAAAAAAAAAAAAAAAAAAAAAGAGGUGCGUCGCGUACUCGCGUUGGUGCAGCCGCUUUUGACUCCCUCCCUGACCCGCCGUUCUCCAUCACCUCCUCCGGCGGCGGCGGCGAAGAAACGCAAGAGGCCGAGGUAAACGAGGAGAAAAAGGAAGGAGCGCUCGAUUUUCAAUCUAUUGAUUUUUUACCUUUUGUGUCGCCAUUCCUGUUCGUUGGGUGUGGAGUUUGAGCCUUGAUAUCGGUCCUUUUCUGCGCUAGUGGAGUGGAUUUGGACGGGUCCCGCUGAAAAAUAGCACCUUUUUCUGCCUCAAGAUUCUCCUCUCCGCUUCUUUUCCACGCCACACCUAUUGAAUCCAUUGCCGUCAGCUCCGUUUUCGCGGCACCGGUUCUUUGUGAGCCUUCUUGGUGUUUUCUUGGAGGUACGGGGUACAACACCAUCGUGCUGUUGGUUCAAGAAACCAGGCCGAGCUGAUGAGGAGGAAGAGCGGCGGCGUGCGAUUGCAAUGCGCUGAGGCGGCUGCAGAUUGGAGCUGCUGCUUCCUAGCCCUGCCACCUGCGAAACCUUCCGGUGUGGAUGGUGAUGGUGGGUUUAACCUCUCAUGGACCCUCCACCAGUCCUUCCACCCGCCCGCAGGCCUCUUCGCCAGCGUGGGCCAGCAGGUGGGGGUUGGAUUCCCCGGGUCUUCCACUAGCGCCCCGUCGCCGGAGACACCACGGGACCCGUACAUGAAGUACGUCUCGCCGGAGGUCGAGCACCGUCUUGUUGAAACAUCUCUGCCGGGGGAAUGCGUGGAGUUGAGGGAGAAAGGGAAGAAGAAAGUCGUGAAGCUGAAGAUUAAGGUUGGGAAUCACCACCUCAAGAGGCUGAUCAGUGGGGCAAUUGCGGGUGCAGUGUCGAGGACUGCUGUCGCGCCAUUGGAGACGAUUAGGACACAUUUGAUGGUCGGCAGUAAUGGGAAUUCCACCACGGAGGUGUUCCAGUCUAUCAUGAAGCAUGAAGGAUGGACAGGGCUGUUCCGUGGUAACUUUGUUAAUGUCAUCCGAGUAGCCCCAAGCAAAGCUAUUGAGCUUUUUGCUUUUGAUACAGCUAACAAGUUCUUGACUCCCAAAUCUGGGGAGGAACAGAAGAUCCCGAUCCCUCCUUCACUAGUGGCAGGGGCAUUUGCCGGUGUCAGCUCAACACUGUGUACAUACCCUCUGGAAUUGAUUAAGACACGGUUAACUAUACAGAGAGGUGUGUAUGACAACUUCCUUGAUGCGAUAGUCAAAAUCGUCCGUGAAGAAGGGCCUACGGAGCUCUACAGGGGCUUAACUCCAAGUCUAAUUGGAGUGGUGCCAUAUGCUGCGACCAACUACUUUGCCUACGACACCCUUAAGAAAGCGUACAAGAAGAUGUUCAAGACGAAUGAGAUCGGCAACGUUCCAACCCUGCUCAUUGGGUCCGCUGCAGGAGCCAUCUCAAGCACAGCUACAUUCCCUCUCGAGGUCGCACGCAAGCAGAUGCAAGUUGGAGCCGUCGGUGGCAGGAAGGUUUACAAGAACAUGCUUCAUGCUCUCCUUAGCAUUCUUGAGGAUGAGGGGGUUGGGGGCCUUUACAGAGGGUUGGGGCCGAGCUGCAUGAAGUUAGUGCCUGCUGCUGGGAUUUCGUUUAUGUGCUACGAGGCUUGCAAGAAGAUACUGAUCGAAGAAGAUGAUGAGUGAAGUGCAUAUAGACGUGUGUGCUCAUUGCAGCUCAGUUUUGCAACACUCUGACAGCGGGCGUGUUUUGGUCUUUCUGUGAAUCAACUAGUGCUGGAACUGGAUGAAACUCAUGACUGAGGUUGCUGCUGCAAGCAGCAGAAGUUCUUGACCCUUUUUUGUUUUCAGUUUGAUCUGACUGAUAAAUUUACAUUUGUUCCCAGAUUUACUUUCGGAUACUAAAUGUUCAGAAAGCAUGUAUUUCGAAAACUCCUUGCUGGGUUGUAUGAAAUCAUUGAAAUGCCACUGGCAAUCAUAAUUCACAAGUGGUGAAGCAGCAA